UAAAUACAAAGUCAUAUCAAUAACAUGGUCAAUCAUUUUCUUAUGAAUAAAUAUUUGUAUCAUUCCUAUGUUGGAAACAAAUCGAAGUUGAUUGGUUUUGUUCAUUGAUAUUAGCUUUAAACGAAACGUUUUAAGAUUUCAGGGAUGGAUGGAAUUAUUUUUGCUUCCUUAUCACAUAUUCCGUUUAUUAUAUAUAAUAUCUUCAGGUUGAUUCACAUAUACAACUACUUGAUCAAUAUUUGAAAAUGUCCGAUGAAGAGCUACGUCGCGAAAGAGAGAAUGUAGCAGCUACUGCAGAACCUGCUCCAAGUCGUGAUAGUACCACUAAAUCUGGAAGGUCUAGUCAAAGUGGAAGAGGAGGCCGUAAAAAAGCACGCCUGGCAACAGCAGCAGCAGAAAACCCGGCUGGCAUGGAAUUAGACUUGCCAGUGGAUUCUAAUGAACCCACUUACUGUCUGUUCAACCAAGUUAGCUACGGAGAGAUGGUGGCAUGUGAUAACCCCAGUGCAACGCAAGAUAGAAUGGUUUCACUUCGGGUGGUUGGUCUGAGAGAACAACCGAGAGGGAAAUGAAAUUGUUCAGAUUGAAUGGUAAUGAAAAACCGUCGUAAAGGCAGAUCACGGUAAACGUUAUUUCGGGGAAGCUAUGUGGAAGAAAAACGUGAGAGUUCCAAAGGAAAAAACAAGGAGAAAUUGAUGCUUAGUUGAAUUGGAGGAACUCGUGUAUGCUUGGAAACACUUCUAAAUCUUUCUUAUUGUGUGAAGAUCAUAAACAUGUAGUUUGUUGUGAAAUAAAAACUGAACCU